UGCGCGACUGGCUGCUGCGCGAAUUCUCGAGAAGUGUCAUCGUCGCGGGAACUUUGCGUUGGACGCGCGAAAUCGUCUGUCAAAACAUAACCUAUCCCCCGCCCCCGGUUGUCAUUGUUUGACACUUCAAUGAGCGCGUCUCUCGCGGCUCGAGUUUCCCAAUUUGACUUAAUUUAAGGAUAAUCCGUAGUUCUCGCGUCGGCCAACGAUUCCGCCGAUUAAUUUGUCACGGAUCACUUCUAAUUGCACCGAACGAUGACUGAAAUCACUUCAAAUCACAGGAGAAGCUUCGUACGAGGCGUCGUAGUAUAUUAUUUAUGCUUCACUUAUAAACUUGGUCAUUUAUGGAGAGGCGAUCGUUCAUUGUUACGUUAGGAUAACGAUCAAUCGACUUGCCUACGUAAACAUUUGAAAGUCGAACCGAGCAACUAGCCAGUCUUGCAUCACCAAACUACAUAUUAGUGUAGCUGUAUGAAAUGUUGCCUGAUAUAUUAAUUAUGUUUUUCAUGUUUUUCAUGGCGUUUCCUCUUCACGGUGUUUAUCCUCGGAGCAGCAUUAGUACUGUUAGCAUUUGCUGGUUCCAUUGGAAUGACAUUUGUCAUUCUUGGCUGUGCGUUACCAGGAUAUGAAGUAUGGUGGCCAUUUUUUGUCGUAUUGUUCUAUAUAUUGGCGCCCAUUCCAACUAUAAUAGCACGCCGCUACACAGAUGAUUCAGGCAGCAAUAGUAAUCCAUGUUUGGAAUUGGCGAUAUUUCUGACCAUGGGAUUCGUGGUAUCAUCUUUCGCCCUUCCUAUCGUACUGGCGCGAUCUCCAGCGGAUCAACCAGUGAUAAAAUGGGGCGCUUGUUAUUUGACAUUAGCAGGCAAUGUUGUUGUGUAUUCAACUCUAGUCGGAUUUUUCAUAACUUUCGAUCAAGAUGAUACCGAUUACAAUAUGUGGUGAAGCACUGCUACAUACUGUACUUAUUCGUCAUGAUAAAAACGUUUUUUAUGAGAUUAAGGGGACAAAAUCAAUCAUGCGGUGCACUGACUGAAUGCUAUGUGUUAAUUCUAAAUUGCUAUGAACCUAUUGUAAACAGUUUACAUAAUAUAAACCUUAUCCAUGGAUAUUCCACUAUAUAUUCAUGCCGCAAGAAAAACAAUAGUAUUAUAGUGCACUAACGAUAAAUAGGAAUAUAAUGACGCUCCACAGCGCCGUAUAAACAUGGGGUGACGAUAAAUUGAUGAUAGAACUAUCGUCGGAUUCCACAUGUAUUGUUACGAAAAGGGGAAAAUGACAAAAACAAAAAAAGCAUUCUUGAUGUUCGUAGAUUUUUUUGCGUGAGUAUCUCAGGUUAACCUGAAGCGCGAGAGACAAUGCAAGGAUGAUGUUAUAAGAACAUUUUUUAUUUAAUCUAAGUCUUUCGUAAUAAUAUAAUGGUAAUAAAGCUACAGUUUAUUA